AUGCCGUCCACCCUCCGCUCCGGCCUGGCCUCCUCGGCCCUGCUGCUCGCCCUGGCCACGGCUCCCACCUCCGUCGUGGCCGACGAGUCUGUCCUCGGCAUCUACGUCUUCCACCGCCACGGCGACCGCACCCCCAAGUCCUUGCCGCCCACCAUGCUCACGGCCCUCGGCGCCGACGAGGUCUUUGCGUCGGGCAACUACUUCCGCAACCGCUACGUGUCGGCCAACGCCUCGUCCCGCAUCGCCAAUGUCGCCUCCGACGUUGCCGUCCUCUCGCAGAUCAGCGUGACCGCCCCCGUCGACAACGUCCUGCAGAGCUCCGCCAACGUCUUCACCCAGAGCCUCUACCCGCCCGCGGGCGCCGCCGCGCAGCAGACGCUGGCCAACGGCACCGUCACGGAGCCUCCCUUUGGCGGCUACCAGUACAUCCCCGUCAACAUCGUGUCGAGCGCGUCGAGCGCCGCCGGCAGCGAGGACAGCGCCUGGCUGCAGGGCAACAGCGGCUGCAACAACGCCAUCAUCAGCAGCAACAGCUACCUGGCGAGCGCCCGCUACCGCGAGACCCUCGACAGCACCAAGGCCUUUUACGCCGGCCUGGCGCCCGUCAUCAACUCGACGUUUGCGAGCGACCAGCGCUCGUUCAAGAACGCCUACACCAUCUACGACUACAUCCACGUCGCCGCGAUCCACAACGCGUCCAUCCCGUCGGCGGACCUGCUCACCCGCGACACCCUCCUGCAGCUGCAGACCCGCGCCGACGAGCACGAGUGGGGGCUCGCCUACAACGCGUCCGAGCCCGUGCGCGCCAUUGCCGGCGCCGUCCUGGCCGGCGAAAUCCUGCAGGCCCUCAACAAGACCGUCCGCGCCGCGCCCGCCGCCAAGGCCGCCGCCCGCCUCAACGUCCAGUUCGGCGCCUACGGCACCUUUAUGAGCUUCUUCGGCCUCGCCAACCUGACCGCCGCCAGCCCCGACUUUUACGGCAUCGUCGACUACGCCUCCGCCAUGGUCUUUGAGAUUGUCACCAACGCCAGCGUCGCCGACGCCACCGCCGCCCUCGACCCGGCCGACCUGUCCGUGCGCUUCUUGUUCUCCAACGGCUCCGCCGGCCUCACCCCCGGCGGCCUGACGGCCUACCCGCUCUUUGGCCAGUCCGAGCUCGUCCUGCCCUGGACCACCUUCACCGCCGAGAUGAACAAGAUUGCCGUCGCCGACACCGCCGCCUGGUGCAGCGCCUGCGGCAACACCACAGGCGUCUGCGACCCCGCCGCGCUCGGCACCGGCUCGUCCUCGGGCAGCGUGACGACGCAGGGCAACAACAACGGUGGCGGCGGUGUGUCCAAGGCGGUCGCUGGUGUCAUUGGUGCCCUCGUGACGCUGGCUGUCAUUCUCGGUUUCGAGGCCCUGGUCAUGCUGGUUGGCGGGCUGCGUCUUGUGAAGAAGAGCGUUGCUGUCGCUGGCAAGUCCGCGUCCAGUGCUUGA